AUGCACAAAGCAAAUAUAUUCUCAGUAUUAGCCAUAAAAAAUUCUUUUGGCCAUUGGAUUUUGAUUUCUUCUUCAAUUGAUGGUGUUAUCAAGUUUUGGAAAAUACUUGAAAAUGGUAAUUUGGAAUUUUUGAAAAAAAUUAAUGAUUUGCAUUCUGGAUCUAUUAAGAUAUUCAAGUAUAGUAAUGGCACUACUAAUUCAGAUAACAACGAUAAUACCUAUUUUGCUUCUUUAUCUUCAAACAAUAAUAAAAUUAAAAUUUUCGAUAUCAACUUGAUGGACAUUAUUAAUAUCAUUGAUUUAAAGUUCAUUCCAGGUACUUUAUGUUGGGCUAAUUAUAAUAAUCGUGUUUUAUUAAUAGUUACCAGCAAACUUUUCCACGAUAUUUAUAUUUAUGAUCCUUUUGAUUCUUCACAAAAUGACCACACAAUUCAAUCUCAUAUAAUGAAUAUUCAUGAUGAUCAUAACGAAUCGCCAAAUCCUAGCUUUACUAGCUAUUUAUACACUACUUCAACUUUGCACAAACAUCCAAUUAUAUGCUUGAAUUACAAUUUCAAAUAUAACUGUGUGGUUUCAUCUGAUACAAUUGGUAACAUUGAAUAUUGGUUGCCAAAUGAGAAUUUUGAUACACCCAAAGAUUUAUUUGCUUUAAAAUCAAAUACAAAUUUAUUUUUGUUUAGGAAAAAAAAAUUGAUUCCAGUUUCAAUUGGUUUUUCAAGUGAUUUUGAAAACUUCAUUAUCUUAUCCUAUCCUGAUAAUAAUAUCAGAUUGUUCAAUUUCAAAUCUGCCAAAGUCUUUAAAAAAUUUGAUGAAUCUAUCGAUUCUUUAAUUAAUUUAUUCAAUUUGACAAAAUUGAAUAAAAAUUCCACUAAUAGGAAUAGUGAGGAUAAGCUAUUAUUCAACAAAAAAAUUAGUCUUGAGAAAAAUUUAAUAAACUCUGAUAAAAUUAAUUACUUUUUAUCCAGAAAUGCCAUUUUCACAAAUUCCAAUAAUUUUAUUCUCUACCCAUCAAUAAAUGGAAUAAAAUUAAUCGAUUUAUCACUAAAUAAAUGCAUUAAAAUAUUAGGUAAAUUUGAUAUCAAUGAAUCAUUACACGCCUCAUUGGAUGCCUCUUCUUUAAAUCAUUUGAAUUUUCAAAAUUUAACACUAGUUCAAAAUUCAGAUUCGAAGUUAGGUUCCACUGAUAAUCCAAAGUUUUUGCCGCUAUUAAUUGCAAUUCCUUACAAUUCAAACAGAUUCUACAUAUUCAAUAGCAACCCCAGUGAAAAUUUCCAGGAUUAUAAGCAUAAUCGAGACGUCUUGAAUGAAAAUCUAAACUUGGAUUCAAUUAAUAAAAACAAGUCUUUAAAUUACAAGUUGAAGUUUAGAGGCUCAAAAGUAAUUUUACAUACAACUUUUGGUGACAUUAAACUAAAAUUGUUUCCUGAAUAUGCGCCUUUAGCUGUUGAAAAUUUUAUCACUCAUUGUGGCCAAAACUACUACAAUAAUUUGACUUUUCACAGAGUCAUUAAAAGUUUCAUGAUUCAAACAGGUGAUCCUAAUGGCGAUGGAACUGGCGGUGAAAGUAUAUGGCACAAGUACUUUUCUGACGAGUUUAACCCAGAUGUUCGAUUCAAUAAACCAUAUAUGGUCGGCAUGGCCAAUAUAGGCGAAAAUACUAAUGGUUCUCAAUUUUUUAUAACAACAGCAAAGGCUGAAUGGUUAAAUGAUAAACACACAAUAUUUGCUGAAGUAACAGGUGGUAUUGAAGUUGUGAAAAACAUUGAAAAUGUUAAAACUAAUCAAAAUGAUGUUCCGGAAGAUCCUCCAAUCAUAAUUUCAACAAACUUUCAAUUUUAG